UGCUGGGAAAAUGUGACGUGUGGAUCCUAGUGGCCUCUGUCCCGGAUGAUUCAGUUAUUAUUUGAUUUAUGUGGUCUUGCUGCUGACCUUGCUUUGACCCUCCAAACGGCUGUGUGGGAAGUUUGUGUCUCUCCGAUACAGUGAAGCACUGCUCUGUAAAGUGUUUGGAACCAAAGUGAAUGCAAAGACACUGAUAAAUACAGGAAAAGUUUUCUUUGCUCCAGAUGCACCCCAAAGAGGAACUAUAAGAGGACAGCUCCCUGCAACUAAGCUGUAGACCAUUAGGAUCCAGGCUAAUUACUGGUAUGGAAACAGCAUAUUUGAAGAAAAGUAUAUGGGAAGAUAGAUUCCAUCAUUAAUAUAACAGAAGAUGAAUGGAAAGGUUUUCUCAUUAAAAGCACAGAACACCUCAAAGUGAAUGAAGCAGUGGCAGCUGGACCACGGCAUGGCAAACACUUUUGUGACAGUACCAGAUGGGUACUGCCUUGGUGACCAAAUCCAAUAUUAUGAUGUUUUGCCAGAACACAUUGGUUAUCCACUGCAAGACUUCGACUGCCAGCCUGGUUCUUACUGUCAGUAUUCACCAAUUCAGUUUCCUCCGGUAUUACAAGCACCGUCUCCUCAGUCUCACUAUGGUACAUACAACUUGGACUCUCAAUACAGUGAUGGACAAUACAUUAUCAGCAAUUGUGAACUUAGUAAACCCAGCUGCAUGGGUGCUCAUAAUGAUGGAGGAGGAUAUCCUGGACAGAAACGACCCAGACUUAGUCAUUCUGCCUCACGAAUAAAGGGACAGGAAGAGCUCUGUGUGGUUUGUGGGGACAAGGCUUCAGGAUACCACUAUAAUGCACUCACCUGUGAAGGCUGCAAAGGAUUUUUUCGGCGUAGUAUCACCAAAAAUGCAAUCUACAGAUGCAAGAAUGGCGGCCACUGUGAAAUGGAUAUGUAUAUGAGGAGGAAAUGUCAGGAGUGUCGCCUAAAGAAGUGCAAAGCUGUGGGAAUGUUGGCUGAAUGUCUGCUAACAGAAGUCCAAUGUAAAUCAAAGAGACUCAGAAAAAAGAGUAGCUUCCUCUGUAACAUCAAGAUGGAAGAUGAGGGAGUGGACAGCAAGCAUGUAUCUUCUACAACCAAACCUUUAAAAGUCCUUGAGAGGGUGGAACUUACUCCUGGAGAGCAUGAGCUUAUUGACCAUAUCUUGGUUGCCCACCAAAACUGCACAAUUCCCCUGGAAAAAGCAAGAAAGUUUCUACAGGAAACUGCCAAUCCUGAAGAGAACUUUCUACAUCUUUCAGAGACAGCUAUGGUUCAUACACAGACUCUAGUGGAUUUUACAAAAAGACUCCCAGGAUUUGAAAGCUUAGCUGAUGAUGAUCAGAUUGCAUUGUUAAAAGGCUCCACAAUUGAAGCAAUGUUUUUACGCUCAGCUCAAAUAUAUAAUGAACAAGGGAUUGAAUGCCAAACAUCAUUCAGGCAAAGUCAUAUAAAGUUAUCUGUCCAUGCUAUAUGCAGCCAAGAUAAAAUUACUUACACCACAGAAGCAUCUGGCAAUGAAGAAAGUCCAACAUCUACUAGUACAACAGGUAUCACUGAAGAGUUUAUCUCUGCUCUAUUUUACUUCUACAGAAGCAUGGGAGAACUUAAUGUUACUGAGACAGAGUAUGCUUUGCUUGUUGCAACUACUGUGUUUUUUUCAGAUCGUCCACUCCUAAAAAACAAGCAACACGUGGAGAAACUCCAGGAACCCUUUUUAGGACUUCUCUACAAAUAUUCAAAAAUCUAUCAUCCUGAUGAACCACAACACUUUGCCCGUCUCAUAGGACGACUCACCGAACUCAGAACCCUCAAUCACAACCACUCAGAAGUACUAGUAACUUGGAGAACAAGAGAUCCUAAGCUGCCUUCGUUAUUUUGUGAAAUCUGGGACUUGCACUAAACAGUUUAUUAAUUCGUUAAAUUGUUAUAGAGGCCUCUUUUUCUAAAAUAGUAAUUUCCAGUGCUUGUAGUUUUAUUAAAAUAUUUGUUAUAUGGCUAUGGAUUAUUUCAAAAAUAUUGUGCUGUGAUUUGCUGAAAAUAUUUUUAAAUCUAAAAACACAAACGUAAUGUUUUAUGUAGUUGAAAAGAUAUGAGAACAUGUACAAUUUACAGUAUCUGCUUAACAUUAUCGUCCCAGCUGGAAAAGUUAUGUGGAAUAUAAAUUUAAUAUGCUAUAGAUUUGGAUCCAUUCAGGUUUUUUCCAUGUGCCAUUAUAUAUAUUCAGAUAUUUGGUAAACAUGGUAUUAUUUGUCCAGGAGGUUGUCAAUCUGUGAAAACUCCUGGGGACUGGUAUUUCAUGUUGCUAUGCUUCAUAAUUCAAAAGAACACAUGCUGUUAUCUGCUGAUAUCCCAUAUGAAGAAACAUACCCAGGCUUAGAUGGACCUCACACUUCCUACAUUGGUAGGGAGUUGCAUUAAAUGACCCUUGUGGUCCUUUUGAACACUGUAAUUCUAAGAAUUAUGAGAACAUAUCCUAUCUCAUUAACUUGAAGUGGAGCUAUUGAUUAAAGUGUUUCUCUUUUGCAUAUAUGUAUGGUCUCCUCAUCAUGUCAUCAACAUCACACUACAUCCGAAAGUCACAUAUUCACAUGAAAUUAAAUACAGUACAAACAUUUCUUGAUGUUUUGUUUCUAUGUAUCCGCAAAUGAGAAAACAAAAUAAUGAAAUUAUGGAUUAAAUAAUUUAAACCCUUGUUUCCUAUGAGAGUCAAUAUCAUAUUUCUGUUAGAAUGGCUGUUCAAAGUAGGUAUAUCUUUUUUACUUCAGCUAUAGAUAAAAUCUUAAUAGUAAAGUCUUUAAUAUUUUCUAUUUACUUGAACUGAGAAAAUGCACAAACAUUCCCUGCUAUUUCCACAUUUCUCCUUUCAGUUAUAUCUUUCAUCUACUAUAAAAACAUCAACAUAAAAUUUACUGGAGAUAACCAUUUUAUUGUAUUUGUUGUUAAUUAAUGUAGGUUUGAUGGGACAUGGUGGCGCGGUGGAUUAAACUGCAAAG